AUGGCUGCCACCGAGUCAUCAGAAAUGCCAGUCAAGCAAACCCCCAACGACGACAAAGAAAUAGCGCCGUUCGUCGAAAUAGCGCCAGAAGAGCCGCAUUCAAUAUUCACAACUAGCGAGAAGAGGUGGAUUAGCUAUGUUGCUUCCUUCGGCGCCAUGUUCUCCACCUUGAGCAGUUACAUCUACUUUCCAGCUUUAGUCCCUAUGUCUGUUGAUCUCAACGUCUCGGUUGCGCUGAUCAAUCUCACCGUCACCUCAUAUCUGAUAAUAGCGGGCAUCGCACCGGCCUUCAUGGGCGAUAUCGCCGAUCAAGGUGGUCGGAGGCCCGCAUACAUUCUUAUGUUCACUCUCGUCGUUGCGUCAAAUAUUGGAUUGGCGCUGCAGAAUUCGUACCCUGCUUUACUCAUUCUACGUAUGGUGCAAAGCGCUGGAGCAUCUGGUUCAUACGGCGCAGCAUAUGGGAUUGUUGCAGACAUAACAACAGUCGAUGAACGUGGGUCUUAUGUAGGGUCUAUGCUCGUUUUGUAG